AUGUCUUUUUCAUCAGAUGAAGCUAGUGUAAUGCUUGGUAAAAAUAAUGAUGUGGCAACUAAACUUACAAAUAAAAAUCCUUAUUUAUUUGUAAGUCAUUGCAUUACACAUAGAUUAGCGUUAGCUUGUAAUUCAGCUCAAAAGAAAAUGGUUUUUUGUAAAUAUAUAGAAACCUUAAUUAAAGAAACAUAUAAUUUCUUUAGUAAUGCUAAAAAAAGAGUUGAUACUUUAAGGCAAUUUCAGUCAGUAUUGGAUUACCUAAUUUUAAAAAUAAAAAAUAUCUUUGAAAUUAGAUGGUUAUCUUGGUAUGAAGCAGUUAAAAGUAUAUGCAUAUCUAUCAAACCAUUACUGGAUACAUUUCUUGAAAUAGCAACAACAACUUCUUUUCAAAGACAACAAUCAAUAUUUGAUUUAUAUUCUAAAAUCUGUAAUUGGAAAGUUUUGGUUUUUUUACACUUUUUAUAUGAUAUUUUAGGUUAUUUAAUGGAACUUAGUAAGAUGUUUCAACGAAGAUAUAUUAUGUUUUCUGAUAUUGAUCCUAUAAUUAAUUCUACGAUUCAAAAAAUACAACAUGAAUAUUUAGAUAUUGAUGAUUAUGGAAAUCCAAAGUUAAGUGCACAUCUAAAUGAUUUUUUAUUAAAAAUACCAUCAGCAGAAGAUUCUAUUGGAGAUCACCAUAUUUUAUUUAAAUCUGAGGACAAAAUUAAUUUACAACUAGAAAUUAUGGAAUUUGCAGCAGCUGUCAUUUGUAAAAUUAAUGACAGAUUUCCACAUAGAUUAAUUUUAUCUGCCAUGAAAAUAAUAAAUCCAAUGGAAUGGUCAAAGGAUAAAGAAAGUUUAGUUGAUUAUGGUAAAGAAGAAUUAGAAAAGUUAAUUAAUAUUUAUGGAAUAGCUAAAGAGCCUAAUUACCCAAUGCCAAUUAUUGAUGCUGAUUCUAUUUGUGAUGAAUGGAAUAAUUUUAAAGCUAUAGUCCUAGCAAAUUAUGAAAAACUUUCUACUGAUGAUUUCCUGCCACUAUUAUUUCAAUAUCAUUCUGAUAUGUAUCCUAAUAAUCUUGUUUUAAUUAGUAUAUUUUAUUCUAUACCAUUUCUAGUGUAG